UUAGUAGUCGGAUGAAAAUUGUUUGGUUCGCACCUAGAAAAAGCUAAUAUUUUCUUAUUUCCUUAAAAAUUUAGGAAUCAAUACGUUUUUUAAUUGCAUAUUUCUACUAUAGUUUUCUUGAGCUUUCAGCUCACCAAAAACAAUCCGCAAUGUCUGUAGCAGAAUUCUUGAAUGGGUUACCUUCCAUCAAUGAGAACAAUUUUGCUAAUUUUCACACGGAUAAUGGAAACAGAACCUGUGUUAAGAGACCAUCAGUGUAUCUUCCUACUAAGGAAUAUCCAUCUGAACAAGUUAUUGUAACGGAAAAAACCACUAUAGUUUUAAGGUACCUUCAUCAAAGAUGGGACAAAAAGAAUGCAGAAAGAAAACGUGACCUAUUAUCAGUGAAUGGAGACUCACCUGAAGAAUCCCGUAGUAAAAGACCUCGAUUGGACCAUAAUAAUUCGCUUUAAAUAUUUGACACUAUUUUUUAUUGUGACUUGUUUAGUUUUUGAUUUUGGAUACAAAAUCAUUGGUACAUCAAAAGCACAAUUGUAUAAAUAUAUUUAGACUGCGUUUGUAUUCUACAAAGGCACAUUUGUUUUUUUUUUUUAAUUUUCUUACUUAUUCACUUUUACAGAUUAUUAAUUUAAGCAUAUUUGUUCGCGUUUGAUAAUAACUUUGUUUCAGAGUACUAAUUUCUUAAUUUUGUAUUAUAAUUAGAUUAUGCUCCAAUGAUACUACUCAUUCUUUUAAUUUUAAGUACAAAAGAAA